ACGGGAAGUACAGGGACACACUGGGAGAUCCGGAGGGCGGGGCUGGGAAAAGCAAGGCAGAUUAAUAUAAAUAAAGGCGGAGAAAACAAGUGACCCAGGAGACAGAGGAGACCCAACAUACUCGCAACUGGGGUCCCUGAAGACGGGAGCGGAAAUGACUAAGUAAAGCAAUAUUUCAAGAAAACUGGCCAAACAGGAGAUUUGACUUCAUGGAUUGAUAGGGAGUGCGGUGAGUGAGGAAAGAGCAAAGAGACACUGGUGAGAGGAUUACGAGUUAAAACGAGGUACCGUUUCCAUGGGUCAUAUAGGCAAGGACCAGACGCCUGAUCGUGCACGUGGUGGCCAGGGCGCAGGGGAAGCAGGAACUCCGAAUGAUGACAAUUCUGGACUCGGGAAGCCCACUUGUGACCAUUGUCUACUAAAGACGCUCACGUUAAGUGAGAAAUGACGCCGGCCCACGAGGUGCACCGUAUAAUUGGUGGUGACACCAAAGGGCGAAGUAACCGUGAUGGCCAUCAGUAGGGGACUGGCCCGACGAACUGUCCCAGAGGCUGCUGAUAUCAUCUCUACUGUUGAGUUCAACCACACCGGAGAGCUGCUGGCCACAGGCGACAAGGGUGGCCGGGUCGUCAUCUUCCAGCGGGAGCCAGAGAGUAAAAAUGCGCCUCACAGCCAGGGCGAGUAUGACGUCUACAGCACCUUCCAGAGCCACGAGCCGGAGUUUGACUAUCUCAAGAGUCUGGAGAUAGAGGAGAAAAUCAACAAGAUUAAGUGGCUUCCGCAGCAGAAUGCCGCCCACUCCCUGCUGUCCACGAACGAUAAAACUAUCAAGUUAUGGAAGAUUACGGAACGAGAUAAGAGGCCCGAGGGAUAUAACCUAAAAGAUGAAGAAGGGAAGCUUAAAGACCUGUCCACGGUGACGUCGCUGCAGGUGCCCGUGCUGAAGCCCAUGGAUCUGAUGGUGGAGGUGAGCCCACGGAGGGUCUUUGCCAAUGGCCACACCUACCACAUCAAUUCCAUCUCCGUCAACAGCGACUGUGAGACGUACAUGUCGGCAGAUGACCUUCGCAUUAACCUCUGGCACCUGGCCAUCACCGAUAGGAGCUUCAACAUCGUGGACAUCAAGCCCGCCAACAUGGAGGACCUCACGGAGGUGAUCACGGCGUCUGAGUUCCACCCCCACCACUGCAACCUCUUCGUCUACAGCAGCAGCAAGGGCUCCCUGCGUCUCUGCGACAUGCGUGCGGCCGCCCUGUGUGACAAGCACUCCAAACUGUUCGAAGAGCCCGAGGACCCCAGCAACCGCUCCUUCUUCUCCGAAAUCAUCUCCUCCGUGUCGGACGUGAAGUUCAGCCACAGUGGCCGAUACAUGCUCACCCGGGAUUACCUCACGGUCAAAGUCUGGGACCUUAACAUGGAGGCAAGGCCCAUCGAGACCUACCAGGUCCACGACUAUCUGCGGAGCAAGCUCUGUUCCCUGUACGAGAACGACUGCAUUUUCGACAAGUUUGAAUGCGCCUGGAACGGCAGUGACAGCGUCAUCAUGACCGGGGCCUACAACAACUUCUUCCGCAUGUUUGACCGGAACACCAAACGCGACGUGACCCUGGAGGCCUCGAGGGAGAGCAGCAAGCCGCGGGCCGUGCUCAAGCCCAGGCGCGUGUGCGUGGGCGGCAAGCGCAGGCGGGACGACAUCAGCGUGGACAGCCUGGACUUCACCAAGAAGAUCCUGCACACGGCCUGGCACCCGGCCGAGAACAUCAUCGCCAUCGCGGCCACCAACAACCUGUACAUCUUCCAGGACAAGGUGAACUCUGAGAUGCACUAGGUGUGUGCGGAGCCCCGUCGGGGACGCAGCCGUCUGGUGGCACGGCUGGGAGCGCGUCCCUCCCUCCCGGUCCCCAGGCCGGGCCGCCGCCGCUGGCCGCUGUUUGAAAACGGGAGGAAGGAGGGUUCACUGAAGCCACAGACCGUAACAUGGACGUGACCGUCGCCUCGGGGAUCAGGCCCUUCGUUCGUUAACCGCGUGCCGCCUGUCCCGAUGUUAGGACUUUGUCAUUUCCAGGAUCACUUUUCACUCCUUCCAGCAGCAACUCGCAGGGGACAGCAGGCACCCCGGGGGGCCUCACGGCCCCCCCCCCCACAUAGGGGCUUUGGGGACCAGACGACGGACUCAAACCAGCCAGCCAGGAUUCUUUUGAUUACAGACGGAGCAAUUUCCACGGUCUCUGAGCUGAGGGUCAUCCCUUUGCCUUUUGGAUCGUGGAUUCGUGCUGAGAACAGACAGGUGCGAGAUCCACUUUUAGGUUCUUGCAGUGUCUUUCAGUCCCCCAAGUCUGGCGUUCCCAGACAGGAAAGGGGACAGCGAAAGCCACCCGUGCGCGUGUGUGCCUGUUCUCACCGUUGCCCCGGCCUUUGCUGAGCGUGGGCCGGGGGGGCCAGGCACGGCGUUCGGCCCUUCACGCGUACGGAUCCGGUCCCCACUCUGCGGGGCUCUCCUGUCGUGCUUCAUGGUCAUUGGGCCCCUCGAGGGAGCUCACGCGGCUCUGUCCAUGACCCAUUCGCUUCCUCCACAAACACCAGCCCCUCACAGAGUGCCAGAUGCCAGGGAUGACAGGUGACUAAUUUAUCAGCCCCACUCGACGCGCGAGGACGCUGAGGCCCCGAGAGAACGAAAACAGUUUGGCCAACGCACGUCCUGACCGAGUGGUGGAGUCAGGAGUCCUGAGCCGGUCUUCACGCGCACCGGGCCCUUCCCAAGUCCACCACGCUGGCGGCUCGUGUUAAAGCAACGUUCUUGCCUGGAAGGUUCUGGAAACAUUAUCUUCAUCUUGUGAAGCGGGACAGAGCGGAUGGGCCAUGACGAGGGUCCGGGGAGACUCGAGCUGCAGCACGGAGUAUGGAGAAGGCCCCCGUGGUGCCAAGCUCUGUGUGGUGACUUCAGACCCCCGCCCUCUGUGGGGCACCUCGCCGCGCCCCCCGUCUGUACCCCAGCCCCUCGUUCAGGUGCACCGAGCUGCCUCCGAGGAGAUUGCAUGUUUUGACCAUUUCCGGAUACAUCUUCUUUAACGGCCUGGCCCGUGUCUCCAUAGCACCUGCUCCUGCCCCAUGGACGUGGAGACCAGCUCCGCCCACCCCACCCCGCCCACUUGUCCUCUGCACGGAAUGACAGAUGACGGGGAACCACUGGCUGGGCGUCCUGAUUCAGGAAACCGAGUGCAGAGGCCGAAGCCAACAUUUUUUUACAGGGUGUAACCCAACCCAGGAAACAGACCCACCCGAGGUUUUUCUCAGUGGAUAGUGGUGUACUUUUCUGUGCAUCAAAGCACAAAACGCAUGUGCAUUCACUUCUGGCCAUAUGAUAUUUACACAAGGAAAUGGGUCCAUCGUUCCUGUUUUGUUUUUUUUUUUUAAAUCAACAUGAAUGAAGAAUGUUUGUUUGUAUAUCACUGUAAAAUCCAGGUGACCUGGACAGUAUUAUAUGUACAUAUCUAUUCUAAUUGAAAUUAACAAUCACUGGAUUGGAUUCCUCUUUUCCCCCCUUUGUAAAGAGGUUCAAGAAUGUGGUAAAUUGUAUAGAAAUCUUGUCGAAGCCAAAAUCCAGCUCUGAGGGCCUUACACAAUUACACGGAUAUUUGGCACAAUCCCCUUCCCUUUGUGAUUCGGAUGCUGAGGGGAGACUCGAACUGCAGCGAGGACUUACUGUCAGAGCGUAGAUUUCACACUUACCCGUCUACACAGUACCACUCUUACACUGCAUUCAAAAGGAGGUCUUAAUACAGUUCCUGGUUCCUUACUUCUGUGUGAAGCUUUGGAUAGCAAACCAAAAAAGGAAAAGGAAGAAAGAUCCUAGAGGAAAAGCAUGCCUUCAGAUCCCUGGAAAAUCGUGAUGUCCAAAGCAGGUUAUGAACGACACAUGUUGUGGGGGAGGGGCAGGACUAGCCGCGGCAGACAGACGGGCCAGUAACAUAGUCACAAACUCGGCUGCUUCCUCUGUUUAAAUUUUCUGCUCUUCUUAAAUGUAUGGGCAUUCACCUAGUCCUUGUGAAGUUGUUGGGUGGUUUUUGUUUUUACUCGAAUACUCUGAGGACUGAAGUCUUGGUUGGUGUUGGACGUGUGGUAGGUAGACAGACCUGAUCACUUUGGAUUCUGUAGCUCAUGGGUGCAUUCUGGUUUCAUUCGGUAUCUCGGAUUAUCCGACUGUUGAAUAAAAUUAUAAAUAUGUUAAUACCAGCUUUUUCCAAUAAAAUAACAAACGUUACAUCGAAAAUGGGA